UUGUUUAUAAACGUUUUUUAUUUUCUCGAGAAUAUUAUUCUUUUAAUGGAUUAGAAAAUCAAUCUACAACUACAACUAAGCAGGCGUAGAAUCACUCUUUCGUCUUCUUCUUCAUCAUCAUCUGCUUCUUAUUUUUUUUCUGAUUGACCUUGGGGAGAUUCGCUUAACCUUGUAAUAAUGGCGGGAAUAGCUAUAGUUUUAGAUCUACUCAAUAAAUCUCAUAACAAACACGCUUUCCACUCAUCGUCUUCUCUGUCUUCCGCCGCCGCCGUAUCUGCUUUCGCCAGUGCUCCCUUCGCGUCUAGGUUUCUCUUCGGUUCCUUUGAGCCUCGAGUUGCGUAUUGUGACGCGGCAGCUGCAAUAGACGAUGAUUACCUUGCUGCUAUACGAAAGAUGUCUGCGGAUACUUUGCAGCUUCAGACGCCUACAUACAUUCCUACUAGCUCUAAGGUUUACAAUAUCCAGCCAAAACCACUCUUCUCCGCCUUCGAGUUCAGGGCACUUGCGAUGACCACAGUGAGAUCCCUCCUCAUGUUUUAUCUGCCUCUUUUGGAGCCUAAACCGGCUUCAGAGGACGAUGAUGAUUUCCUUAACAAUGCCGCGGAAGAACUCCGUGGCGCAGACUUGAUUGUUCCUCUUAAAAAGUCUGUCAAGCAGAUUGCCCGUGAGACCACUGUUGUGACUACUCGGAGAGUCCUUGAAAGGCUGGCUAUUAGUUAUGUCUCACAGCGUAUGGCAUGGAAGCUUCUAAAGGAUGUGCCACAAUCUACUUUACGCAAGGCUGGGAGAGGGUGGCCCACACAUGUAUACAUCUAUAAAGUCAGCCAGACAACUCUUAGAGGACACUUCCUCGGAAUUGCAGCAUCAUGGACAGUUCAAGUAGGAAUAGAAAUCUACAGAUGUGUUAACCGUUAUGUUAAACCCAAACCCGAAGAAGUAGACGAGGAACAAGUGGAGAUAGCAGAGCAAGCCAAGGAUCUUGGAAACAAAGUCGUGGGUAUCACAGUAAGAUGUGGUGCUUCUUUAGUAUUCGCUGCCAUUGGAGCUGGUAUCUGCUCUUGCCUCAUGCGUCCCUCCACUGGACAAUGGAUCGGCUGCGCGUUGGGGGACUUGGCUGGUCCGAUGGUUGUUUCGAUUUGCUUGCAGAAGACUCUUCAAGCUGAUGGUUAACUUUAUAUGGGGAGAUUGAAUUCUUCAGCUUUUUCCAUCCAAAAUGAAAUCAGAAUGUUGUUUUUUCUGAAUUUUUUCUUAUGGUUUUUACUGAAACCUUGGAAGCGUUUUCAUCAAGACACUCGAAUGAUUCACAAAUUGUACCUACUUUUGAGAACAUCUGAAUAAGGCAGGUGUUUAUUUUUCUCUGGAUUUAAUGUUAAAUUCGUAUAUUUCUUCUUUCCACUCUUGUAAGUAUAAGAUUUAACAUGUUAUUUUCUUACCCAAACCGACUAUCUUUGGACGAAUCAUCUCGUACUCUUGAAAUUCUCUCACAAAUUGGAAACAAACAAAGAGGCAUGCUCAUGCGCUGAAUUGGUAAUGUGACUGGCGAAGUAAUUUCACUAAAAUAUUAACUACACAAUUAUUUUAUGAGAAAAAGACAAAAAUAGCACUAAAUCAAGUUUAUGUUCUCAAACUAGCACUCAAGGUCAAAAGGCACAAAAAUAACACUUAGUGUUUUAUCAAAAGUCACAAACUCAGGGUUUAGAGUUAAAGGGUGAGGUUUAGGGUUUAGGGUUUAGAGUUUAGGGUUUAGGGUUUAGGAUUUAGAGUUUAGGGUUUAGGGUUUAGAGUUGAGAAAUGAGGUUUUGGGGAUAAGAUUUCAAAUUUUGAAAAAUAAAAAAAUUAAAAUUUUCAAAGAAUAAACUUAGAAAUGUGCUAUUUUGGUCAUUUUAGUUUUUGAGUGCUAUUUUUGUGAUAUAAACUUAGAAAUGUGCUAUUUUGGAGAUUUGCCCUUAUUUUAUUUCUAACAUGUCACUAAUUACUUUUAAGGAUCAAAUUAGUAAUUUCCUCUCAUAAUAGUUGAGAGUUGUGACAACCAAAAUUUUAGGUGACUACACUCUGUUUAAUAUAUGCAGUGUAAACCUAAAAGUUGAAUAAAUCCCAUGAUCAUAGCUUAAAGGAGAGAUAUUUUCAAUUGUAGUGUUGUAAAGCGAGACACAUCAUCACCACGACCACAGAAACAUGAAACGCAUAUGAAUGGCUCCAAAUAAUUCGAUUGUCUUAAUCGUAAAAGGGGCCUCCCUCUUUAAUAUGUAUGCAUUAAAUACUUUCGCCUACUUCUUCUUCCUUCUCCUUGCACACCAAGCCACAAUAUACAUUACACACUCCAACCGUUUAAGUUUUGGCCCCACAUAGAAAAUCAAUGCAUGUACCAUCAUUGGUCGAUGAUGCUAGUAUAGCCGCGGGGACUUUAUAUGUGUAUAAAUACGAGUCCUUGGCCACCUUACUAUAACCAAUUCUCCAAGCUUCCCUUUGAGCUUGAGCUUCUUCUUCUUCUCACUUCCUCUUGAUUUUUAUCUCAAAACCACCUUUUUGUAAACACUUUAAACCAACCAGACACAAUGGGAAUGAAAUGCCUAUUACCCCCGGCUUUCACUCAAAUGUUUGGCUACUCUUCAAACCAAUUCAAUCAAACCAGCAACUUCGUAAACACCCACAACAAAAUAAAGGUGAUGGAGAGAGAGGAAUUUCCAGGUGGGUUUCAAGUUCCUCUUCACUACCCUAAAUACUCCAAGUCUGAUUAUGAAGCCAUGGAUGAUCUUAGCCUUGACUUGCUCCUCAAACAAUAUGGAAUCUCCCUCGAAGGAUCUCUUGAAGACAAGAGGGUCUUUGCAAUGGAGUCAUUUCUCUGGCCAGACCAGCUUUAGAGUUUAUUUAUGUUUGGUGUUUGUAUAUCCAAGUCUCAUCUCCACCAACGUCCGAUCCUAUCAUGAUGAGCCUAAGAUUAAAUAUUUUAGAAUUAUGAUAAAUCAUGACAUAUAUCAAUCACUUUGUAAUCAAGUUUGUCUAUUAUAUGUUUAUAUUUGGGAGCUUUAUAUGUACAUGUAUGAAAAACUUUUGAAGCAUGUUAUUUACACCUAUGUAUCACCAUGAGUGCAUUAACUAAUAACAUCUUUCUUGUUUUUAA